UUCUAAUCGCAAAAUACAAUACCUGCUUCCAAUACAUCAGAUUGCUGUCAAUCGUUCUUUAGAAGUCACAACCAAAAUGGAGUCCGUCCAUCAUGUAUCAACCUCUUCCAAAGUCCUUCUCAAGAAGGCGCGCAAAAUGGUGCCGCCCAUGCUGGAGCAAUUCCACAAAGGACAGCAUGGACGUGUUGCAGUCAUCGGAGGAUCUUUAGAUUACACCGGCGCGCCGUACUUCUCUUCAAUGGCAUCGGCCAGACUAGGUUGCGAUAUGAGCCACGUUAUUUGUGAUAAAUCGGCAGCCACCGUCAUCAAAACCUACUCUCCGAACCUGAUGGUUCACCCGAUUCUGCCAAGCAGCGCCUCGGUCAAGGACCCCGAGUCCAUCGAUGCACCAUCACUCGCUAGCCCGAUCAUCAACAUGCUUUCUCGGCUGCAUUGCCUGGUGAUCGGACCCGGACUGGGUCGCGAUGGGGUCACCCUCAAGGUGGUGACGGAGGUGAUGAAAGAAGCGCGGUCCCGCUCGAUUCCCUUUGUCCUCGACGCCGACGGCCUCCUCCUCGUGACCGAGGAUCCGGAUCUGGUCCGCGGGUACAAAGAGUGCAUUCUGACGCCCAACGUGAACGAGUUCAGUCGACUGGCCAAAGCGCUGGGCAUCGACGUGCCGAGUCUCGCGGAAAUCAACUCCAAGUCCGGCGGCGCUGACCGAACGAGCGAGGAAUCCAAGGCCUGUGAGCAGCUGUCUAAUGCGCUGGGUGGUGUCACCAUCAUCCAGAAGGGUCCCCACGAUGUGAUCUCGAAUGGUAUCACGACGCUCAUCUCUGAUAUUCAGGGAGGCUUGAAGCGCAGUGGCGGGCAAGGCGAUACGCUGACGGGCUCCUUGGGCACGCUUCUCGCAUGGAGAGCCGCCUACCACGACGGGCUCUGGGAUUCCGGUGAGAAAGACAACGCCAAGGAAGCGCAUACCAAGGAAGACAUUCGGGCGGAGCUCGAGUCCGAGGAUAAGCGGAUGUCGCCUUGCACGACCCUGCUUCUGGCUGCGUUUGCUGGUAGCUCGAUUACGCGGGAGUGCUCCCGACGGGCUUUCCUGGCCAAGGGCCGCAGUAUGCAGGCCAGCGAUUUGACGGAUGAGGUCCACGAGAGCUUCCUCAACUUGAUUGGCGAGCCUGAAGCGUCCAAGAUGCACCUGUAGAGGAUGUCUUUGCUAUGGUCAUACAAAAGGCUGUAAUAUUAGUCGACAGCUUGCAUCCAGGGAGCUGUGCUAGGUCAUGACAUAAUGAAAUUCAU